AUGGCGAAUAUACAUUCUGCCGCUGUCUUUGUGGUAGACACUUCAGACUUUGAAUUAGCCAUCUCUUCGAAGCCCUUCGUCUUCGUCGUCGGCCUUGAACGUAAAGAGUAUCAUAUUCACCCACACUUGAUCACCAGACUAUCUCCAGCUCUCGACGUUCUCAUCAACGGAAAAUUGAGAGAAGCCCAGGAGGGUCGUAUUGAGUGGCCAGAUCUGGACGUCGAAAGCUUUGUCCGCUUGGCCAAGUUCGCCUACUAUGCUAACUACGAUGAGCCAGAUCCUGUCUUGUCAGGGGCGCCUCCUGCGUCCCUCACGACGCCUAAAGUGACCGCCGCCACGGAGAGUCUUCUGUGGGUCAUGAGAGCUUGGAAUAGUUCCCGUAGAGAUCCCGUCAGUGACAAGGAUGAUUCAGAUGCCUCGGACGGCACGAUGGACUCUUCCGGUACCGAUAGCGACAGCGACGACGAUACUGAUGACGAUACUCCACCACGUAUCAAUAAACUUCUCUUCUCAAGACCAUCCAAGGAUACAUACGCUUUAGAGCACAGCCGAGAAUGGGAGGAGCUCCGUGGACCAUCCAUAACUACGUGGAUGGCUUUCUACGACGCGUGGCUGGAGCAUGGAGGCCCAGUGCGGUGUUGUGCCCCGUCAAGACACUUUCAGACACAUGUCCACAGUCGAGGGCAUAUAUAUCAGGAGUGCGCAGUUCCGGUACGGAUGCAGUCUUCAUGGCAAAGGACAUACGAGCUCAUGAAAGACUUCUCCCACUGUCCUUCCGAUAACUACUAUUCAAAAGAGCAGGCAGAAAUUUGGUCAUCGGCGACCAAGGGACGGCCGAACCGUGACCCCAAUAUGUCGUUUCUGCCUAUCUUCCUCGCCCACGUCCGUCUCUACAUCCUGGCGGACAAAUACGACGUCCAAGAACUCCGCCGCAUCUCAUUGUUCCGCCUCCGUCUCCUACUGCGAGGUGUUAUUCUUUUCCGGAAGCGAAUUCUCGAUCUUGUGACCGUCGUGGAUGAGAUAUUCGCAAAUACCCUUGAAGGAGACGAAGCACGAGAAGUCAUUGUCAAGUACUUUGCUUGCUAUAUCGAAGUCAUGCGCGAUGCCCCAGAGGUUACGGAGCUGCUUCACGAUGGUGGUGACUUUGCUGUUGCAUUGGUCGAACAUAUGACUCAGCGUUUGUAG